AUGAUGAACCGAACGGAGAAAUGCCGGCUUUGGCUGACUUCUGCGCUGCAAAAAACGAAUGAUUUGGAAUUUGGAAUCAUUUGGCAAAAGACUAAAAGAGUCAUACUAAAUGGAACGAGCCAACAAAUUCUCGUAAAUCGACAUUUAGGAUCAAAUCAAAUUUAUUGA